AUGGAGCUCAGUCCACUCUCUGUGAUGCUCUUGCUGAUUUCACUUAUACCAGUGACCCAGGCUCAAGGGAGUCCUAAAGCUGUGGUGUCCAUAACGCCUGAUACACAUGUGUUCAUUGGAGAGAGUGUUACUCUCAGAUGUAACAUACGGGGAGGAGGAGACACUCAGUGGACUUACAGCUGGAGGAGAAAUAAUAACAGAGCCUUCACAGACAGCACAAGGCAGGUGUUCAUAAUCCAGUCUGUUAAAGUCUCUGACAGUGGUACCUACACCUGCAGAGGACAUGGGAGAGACUCUCAGAGCUCAGAGAUCAGUGACGCUGUUACACUGACUGUAUCAGAGAGACCACAGGCAGUACUGAGUGUAUCUCCACAGAGCUGGCUGACUGAAGGAGACUCAGUGACCCUAAGCUGUGAGGUUACAGACUCCUCUACAGACUGGACAUUCAGCUGGUACACAGUUGUUCCCUACAGAGACGGCUUAACUGGAAUAAAUAAUAAUGGUGUCUAUAGCGUGUAUGUGGAGCUCCUCUCAGACAGCAGCAGAGGAUCUGGAGGCAAAUACACUCUCAGUCCUGCUGCUCUUAAUCACACAGGAGUUUAUAUGUGCAGAGGAGAGAGAGGAGAACCAGCCUUUCACUCACAGUACAGCAAUCCACAGCCACUAUGGAUCACUGGUAAAUCUCCUCCAGUCUCUCUGAUCAUCAAUCCCAGCAGAACUCAACACUUUACUAAUGACUCUCUCUCAAUGAGCUGUGAGGACCAGAGUAACUCUACUGGAUGGACAGUGAGACGAUACACACACAGUGAGAGAGUGUUAGAUUGUUCACACUGGGGAUCAGUUACAGGAUCUACAUGUAACAUCAGCUUCCUCUCCACAUCCUACACUGGAGUUUACUGGUGUGAGUCUGAAUCUGGAGAAAACAGUAAUCCUGUCAACAUCACAGUGCAUGAUGGUGAUGUGAUCCUGGAGAGUCCUGUCCAUCCUGUGACUGAGGGACAUCCUCUGACUCUACGCUGUUUAUAUCACAACCCAAAUCCCUCAAACCUCCGAGCUGAUUUCUAUAAAGAUGGAUCAGUUCUCCAGAACCAGACUACAGGAGAGAUGAUCAUCCAAACUGUCUCAAAGUCAGAUGAAGGUUUCUUCCACUGUAAACACCCAGAGAGAGGAGAGUCACCCAAAAGCUGGAUCUCAGUCAGAUUGCUGAUUUCACUUAUACCAGUGGCCCAGGCUCAAGGGAGUCCUAAAGCUGUGGUGUCCAUAAUGCCUGAUUUACAUGUCUUCAUUGGAGAGAUUAUUACUCUCAGAUGUGACAUACAGGGAGGAGGAGACACUCAGUGGACUUACAGCUGGAAGAAAAUUAAUAACAAAGUCUACACAGAUGGAAGUAAGAGAUUCUACACAGACAACACAAUGCAGGAGUUCAGAAUCCAGUAUGUUAAAGUCUCUGACAGUGGUACCUACACCUGCAGAGGACAUGGGAGAGACUCUCAGAGCUCAGAGAUCAGUGAUGCUGUUACACUGACUGUAUCAGGUGAAUCUCCUCCAGUUUCUCUGAUCAUCAAUCCCAGCAGAACUCAACACUUUACUAAUGACUCUCUCUCACUGAGCUGUGAGGACCAGAGUAACUCUACUGGAUGGACAGUGAGACGAUACACACACAGUGAGAGAGUGUUAGAUUGUUCACACUGGGGAUCAGUUACAGGAUCUACAUGUAACAUCAGCUUCCUCUCCACAUCCUACACUGGAGUUUACUGGUGUGAGUCUGAAUCUGGAGAAAACAGUAAUCCUGUCCACAUCACAGUGCAUGAUGGUGAUGUGAUCCUGGAGAGUCCUGUCCAUCCUGUGACUGAGGGACAUCCUCUGACUCUACGCUGUUUAUAUCACAACCCAAAUCCCUCAAACCUCCGAGCUGAUUUCUAUAAAGAUGGAUCAGUUCUCCAGAACCAGACUACAGGAGAGAUGAUCAUCCAAACUGUCUCAAAGUCAGAUGAAGGUUUCUACCACUGUAAACACCCAGAGAGAGGAGAGUCACCCAAAAGCUGGAUCUCAGUCAGAUGUGAGAAACCCUCCUCUGUUUCAGGUUCAGGUUCCAGUGGUUUAACAGUAGGACUGGUUGUGGGUUUGGGAUUUUUGUUCAUCGCUAUUCUGAUCUUAAUGAUCCUGCUGUGGUUCUGCAAAAGAAAAAAAGAAAAGCAGCAGAAAACCAAUCACACAUCAGAUCGGAAUCAGAUCCGGUCAGGAGCUGAAGACUCUCAGUCAGGACACACACCACUUCAGGCUGAAAGUGCUGUCUAUGCCAAUAUGGAUGAUGUGACUAUCUAUGCCACUGUGGAUGAUGUGACUAUCUAUGCCACUGUGGAUGAGUUACACAUGACUGGAACAGCUACUGCAGGUGCUGAUGCUGAUGCAAUUUAUUCUGAGAUUGAAAUAAUUCCAACAAACACAGCAAAGAGAAUAAAAGAGCUGAAGAACAACAUGGAGACACAUCAUAGUGUGUGGAUUUCCUUGUUUGUGAUUUUCUGUGUUCUAGAUGGUGAUGUGAUCCUGGAGAGUCCUGUCCAUCCUGUGACUGAGGGACAUCCUCUGACUCUACGCUGUUUAUAUCACAACCCAAAUCCCUCAAACCUCCGAGCUGAUUUCUAUAAAGAUGGAUCAGUUCUCCAGAACCAGACUACAGGAGAGAUGAUCAUCCAAACUGUCUCAAAGUCAGAUGAAGGUUUCUACCACUGUAAACACCCAGAGAGAGGAGAGUCACCCAAAAGCUGGAUCUCAGUCAGAUUCUCAGGUCCUCGAUCCAGUGGUUUAACAUUAGGACUGGUUGUGGUUUUGGGAUUUUUGUUCAUCACUUUUCUGAUCUUAAUGAUCCUGUUGUGGUCCUGCAAAAGGAAAAAAGAUACUGCAGGCGCUGAUGCUGGUGUGAUUUAUGCUGAGAUCGAACUAAAACCAGCGAAAAAAGCAAAGAGAAAAAAAGAAAAGGCCAGUGUGACUGAUGAUACUGUCUAUUCAGCAGUGAAGCACAACAUGGAGGUAAGACUCAUGACAUUUACAGCAUGUAUCUUAAAAGACAAACCAAACACCAUUAAGUAAGAAAGAUUUUAAAAGCUGCAUUAAAGAGAUUUAGCAGUUAUAGUAUCUAUGUACACAAAACCCCACCUCACAGAAUCUGUAAGAGUUCAUCCAUGUUCAUUUGGAAGCUGUCUAGAUAACUUUCCAUUAUUUCAGUCUACUUGGACAAUUAUGAAAUAAUUAACUAUGAACAUACAUAAUACUGACAAAGCAAAUAACUUAACUGAUUUGUUGCCUCUGUCACUGAUUCAACAAGUUAACUUUAACAAGUUUGUGAUAUCAGUGACAGCAAUAUCAGGAGAAAUGUAUUUAUGAAUGUAUUUAUUGUCUCUUUCUUUCUCUGUGCAGUGAGCCGUGUGUCUGUUCUGAUGAAGCUACAGCUAUCAGAUAGAUAGAUAGAUAGAUAGAUAGAUAGAUAGAUAGAUAGAUACAUAGAUAGAUAGAUAGAUAGAUAGAUAGAUAGAUAGAUAACUUAAAUAAUAUCAAAGGAAAAUUCACAAAUUACAGCAAAAGAAUAGCAUAUGCAGUAAGACAUAAUCAAGAGUAAUAAAAUAAAUGUAAUUUCUAAAAUUAUAAAUAUUAAUUAAAAUAAAAUAAAUGUAACUGUAUACACCAGUGCAAGUAUUAACAACAGAUAUGCAGCAAAGUAGAUAUGAUCAUCCAGAAUAAUCUGCAUCAGUGUAAUUAUAUAGUGAUUAGCAGCAGUGCAGUAAACAGAAUCCCACCAACAGAAGCCCAAUGCACUUAUUUAAGGAACAGACACAAUAACAUCCUGGUACAGUGAUGAACUAUUCUCCUGUACCGGUCCUUGCUGCAGCUGUUUGACCAAUAAGUCAUGGAGGGGAUGUGAUGCAUUGUCCAGGAUGGAUAUUAGUUUGUUUAGUGUCUUCUUUUCCACGAUCACAUCAAAACAGUUGAGGGAGCAUCCCAGUACAGAGCCAGUCUUCUUUAUCAGUGUGUUCAGCUUCCUUGCUUCUCCGGCUCUAAUGCUGCCUCCCCAGCAUAAUGCUGCAAAGAAGACAGCACUCACAACAUCAGACUGGUAGAAGAUCUCCAACAUCUUACUGCAAACAUUAAAGCAUCUGAUCUUCCUCAGAAAGUACUCAUCCCCUUCCUGUACACAGCAGUAGAGUCUACUCAUCCCCUUCCUGUACACAGCAGUAGAGUCUACUCAUCCCCUUCCUGUACACAGCAGUAGAGUCUACUCAUCCCCUUCCUGUACACAGCAGUAGUCUACUCAUCCCCUUCCUGUACACAGCAGUAGAGUCUACUCAUCCCCUUCCUGUACACAGCAGUAGUCUACUCAUCCCCUUCCUGUACACAGCAGUAGAGUCUACUCAUCCCCUUCCUGUACACAGCAGUAGAGUCCACUCAUCCCCUUCCUGUACACAGCAGUAGAGUCUACUCAUCCCCUUCCUGUACACAGCAGUAGUCUACUCAUUCCCUUCCUGUACACAGCAGUAGAGUCUACUCAUCCCCUUCCUGUACACAGCAGUAGAGUCUACUCAUCCCCUUCCUGUACACAGCAGUAGAGUAUACUCCUCCCCUUCCUGUACACAGCAGUAGAGUCUACUCAUCCCCUUCCUGUACACAGCAGUAGUCUACUCACCCCCUUCCUGUAUGCAGGAACACUUUUUUACUCUUUUUAUACUCAUUCUGUAAAUUUACAUGUGGCACAUUUGUAUACUGUAAAACAUGUAAACAUGUAGGUUUUUGGAAACGUGAGUGAAGUCUGUAAGGCCGUCACUGUUUUCUAACAGAAAGUAAGUUAAUCUUGUUGAUGUAUAAAACUUCACUGAUGAACAAAUUAUGAUGAAAGUAAAUAGUGCUUUUUAAAUACAUGUUACUUUUGAAAACUUUCUCUUUCUAUAUUUUUAUAAACAUUUUUAUAGUUCAUAUUUACGUCUUUACAAAUGACCUGAUGUUAGUAACUCAUCUCACUGUGUUCAUAAAUGUCCUGAUAUGACUUUGUUUGUAGAUUAAAUAAUGUUUGUAUUAAAGUUUUAUGCAUGCACAAUACCUAUUUUAAUAAAGCAUUGGAAAUGGAAUACAGAUAUUAUGCAUUCACAAAAUCUCUGAAAGUAAAUCUGAGUACAUGAGCUGCAAAAACAUUAUUCGUGCAAUGCAUAUGCUGAGACAGGAGUACAGAGCCGGUGCUAGCCGAGCACUAAAGAGGGGGUGUCUAAAAUAAUACCGUAAGGGGACGAUCUAAUGAAUGCAUAAC